AUGGAUAUCGGAACCCCUACGCCGCCAUUACUCUCCACUGAAUCCAACCCAACCACUACAGGCAUCAACAUUCCUGAAGUUUACAACAAUGGCGGCACUGUAUCACACCAACACCACCAAUCAUCUUCUCCUUCCUCGUCGACAUCUUCAGUAAUAAUAGUAAUGAUUGUUGUCUCUUCCGCCAUUAUAGUCUCAGCCGCCAUCUACCUCCUCAUCCGCUUCCUCUCUCGCUGCUGCAACCGCUCCUUCCGUACUACCUUUUCUCCAGCUGACGACGUCGUCUCCGACAAUAGAAACGAAAACGAAAGCGUGCGUCAUCACGUGAUUAGUGUAGGUAAUAAUGGGGUGGAGUCGCUCCCGCUCUUCACGUUUUCUUCACUCACCGGAAAUAUCGCCGGCGGAGACUGCGCCGUGUGUUUAUCGAAGUUUAAAGGUAUAGAUCAACUCCGACUGCUUCCAUUAUGCUGUCAUGCGUUUCACGCACAGUGUAUUGAUGCUUGGCUUAAGUCUAACCAGACAUGUCCGCUCUGCCGGUCGACGGUGAACCCUACCGAAGACGAUGUGCUUAACAAAAUUGUUGCGGCAUCCGGCGGUGCCGGAGGUAGAGUCGGCGGAAAUAGAAGUAACAGUAGUUUUCGCAUUGAGAUCGGAACAAUUAGCCAGCGUCGAGAGCCAUCUGAUUCAGCCCGUAGGUCCUACUCCGUUGGCUCGUAUGACUACGUGCUCGAUGACGGCUACGAGAUUUCCGUCGAAUCAACGCACCGGAGAGGCAUUUCCGACUGUACUUCAGUCGACAAGGAUUCUACAACUCCGGAACCGCCGGGACAGAAUUUGGCAGCGGAGGUGGCUGCAGGCGGCGGCAGUGGAAGGCGUAAUUGGAUGCGAGAUUACAUGGACCGUGUUUCUCAUUCUCUCUCUUCACGUACUCAGUCGUUCCGUGGUUCUGGAAGGUUCUUUACCGGAAGCAGUCGCCGGAGUGAUAUCGUCGACGACUUUGAGGCAGGUCAUGGUAGAAUCGGAGAAGAGAUUAGCGAGCUUUUCCGAUGGCUCUCAGGGGUAUAA